GGUGAUGGCGAACUCGGAGCCGGGCCCGAGCGAGGAAGAGGACGUGAUCGGGGCCCGCGCGUCGUUGGACGUAUCUGCGCCGCCGAAGAUGAAGAAUGCAAGGUCAGAGCCUGCCGUCACUUUCGAAGAGCCGACGUCGAUGUCCACCUCUUCCCGGGCUGGACCUUCUUCCCACCUCCUUCACCGAUCCUCAACGGAGACUAGGGCGUCCCUCAUCUCUGCCACAAAACCGCGUGACGACGAGGAUGAGAAAGGCUCUCCCGCAAAAAAUCGUGACCGCGCUGCUCU